AUGGCGGAGAGGCGGAGGAACCGCGAAGUUUCUGGAAGCUCCGAGCCGAGCGAAGCGGACGGUGGCUCGGAGAGCAAAGGGGUGAACGCCUUCGCCAACGAUGGCAGCUUCAUGGCACUUUUCAAGAAGAAGAUGGAGGAGGAGAGGCUGAGGAGCGAAGGGGGAGCCGCGCCGAGCGGCGGGGACAUAGACAAUGGAGGCAAGAGGAGUGUGGCCGCUGGCCAGGAGCAAAGUGCUGAGGCCCAGAGCGACAGGAAGAAAAGCGUGCUGAAUAUUGUGGGAAAGCGGCGAGGUGGGGCAAAGCUAGCCCUCAAGACGGGAAUGGUAGCCAAGAAACACAAGACUGAAGAGGAGGCUGAAGCACGAGGUGGAGAUGCGUGGGCCAAAUACAUGGCAGAAGUGAAGAAAUACAAAGCACAUCAGUGCAGUGAUGAUGACAAAACCCGGCCUCUUGUUAAAUAGCCAGAUUUGCAAGCUUAUGCAGCCAAGAACUGUAUUAUAUUUUACAACCGUUAAGAUCAAGUCCUCCACCCAAUGCCCUCACUGUACAGCCAGUAUAAGAUUUUUUCUUUUGACUGCCUGGAAUAUGUAUUUAUUUGGAUUUGUGGUUUGAAGACAACACUUGCAAACAAAACUCCAACGCAAUGUUUAAUUUUCAACAUUGAAAUCCUGUCCGCUUUCAAAAUGUGAUUGAUAGUGUACAGUUUUCAUAUAGUUAUGUCUCACACCCUGUUUCAAUAUAGAACAUAGUUUCCAGACACUUUUAAUCUUUAUUUUUUAUAAAAUGCACGAUAAAGCUUCAGUUGUCAGUAAAAAAAAGUCCAUGCAUAUUUACUCUUAUGCGCCUGCAGUUAUUAAUUACAAAACUGUAGCAAGUUUUUGAAACUUGUACACAAUAUUGUACAUCUUACUGGCCCUUGUUGCUAAGUUGGCUAGAAUUGUAGGGCUGGUUUGAUCAAUGACUGGUCAGGCACCUCAAUACAUCUGUGUUGGAAGGAGCCCAUUGCCUGAUUGGUGCUGGUGAGGUAUUUACAUUUUUGAUCAGAAUUAUGACAUUACUAGCAUUAAGAGCUGAACUGUAAGAAGCAGUAGUGGGACUUGUUUCUCAUAGUCUGUUUGCUACAGCAUUUACAUUGCUGAAGACCAAUGAUUUCCUGUGUUUCUUCAUGAGAAUUAGCUUAUCCAGAAGGACAAAAGUUGCAGUUGUGACCACUGCUGUGCCUCAAAUGAGUAUUUGGAUGGGGCAGCCAAUGUGUGGGAUUCCCCAUAAAGAACUUAAAGUGGGAGUGGGCAAUGAGGAUGCAAUCAGUGAGCCCAGAAACUUGGAUGGGAUGAGAAAAUGUUUCUCAAGUUCACAAAACUACCUCAGAUGUAUCAGUGAAACAUUAUUACAAAGCUCUUGUUACAAUCUACCCAGUUGAGUUUUCACUUUGUUUGUAAUGUUUCUCUUUCGGCAGUGCUAGUGAGAUGUAGCUUCUUGUCUGCUGUUUGAAUUUCCCUUUCCUAUUAGUGAGCAGUGAAGAGAGCAUUUCUUCCUCCAUGAGCAGAAUAAGGUCAGAUUGGAAAAGCAGAAGAUUUGAUAAAAUAGAACGUCUGGGCCACAGUGGUGGUUGCUGUCUGCUGACAACAGCAGGAGCAGAACUAGAAGCUCAACGCAGCCUGCAUCUUAAGUGUUGCAAAAAAGGUCUGCUAUAUGGUCCCUGUCUUUCCUUUAGAGUAAUGCAGAGCUCUCACUUUGCCUGAAGCACAAAUCUCUGCUGGAUUUCCACAGGACUGUUACUGCAAAUGUCUGUUUUGUAUAGGAUUUAUCUGUCAUUUGAAUGAUACUUUCUAGAAAUGGAAUGAGAAGGAAGUUAAAUGGGGCAAAGGUAGAUGAGGUAAAGUAGAACUAGAUCAUAGAAUACUUGAUGGCAUUGCCUUUAACAAAUUAGUAAUUUUGAUAUUUAAAUUUCCCUUUAAGUAAUGCCUCUUGUUCCUCAGUCUUUCUGGACGUGCCUUUUGUUAUUUCCAGAUUUCACCACCUUUUAUGGCCGGUCGUUACGCAGUGAGAGAGAUUCCCAGGCACAUUGUAACCCAACUUGAUAUUUUCCAAAUCUUAUAGGCUCACUUAUUGAAAUAGUUUGUAUUAUGGAUUGGGGGGCAACAAAGACUGACUGAUUUGGAGAUUUGAGUUGUCAUUCAUCUUUUCUGUGCAAUGUGCUGCUAGUUUAAAUAUCUGACACUAAAAGCAAAAGUUCCCUGAUGACUUGGAUGGGGAUUCAGCGACCCAAGCCAGGAAGUUCAUCCUGGACUUUGGUGUGUUAGCUUCUUUCAGGUGUAUUGGUGAGUAUGUGGAGCUGGGAAAUCAAAAAUUCAUCUGCAGGUUCCUGCUCCUGGUCACUGUCUUAGCUGCCUCCACUGAAAGAUUCGGAUGUUGCCAAGAAUGUUAGCAAUACAUUUCAUCGUCAAGUAGCCAGAACUGCUGUGUACACUUAUGAAACAUGGAUGAUAUAUUGGAUGUCUCACUAGUGUUUAUAAAAGUUGCCACUUUCUGGAGGAAGGGCAAAUAGACAAACACGAGCACUUUUGUUUGAAGGAUUUUGAGAUUUUUGUUUUUCAAACUUACUUGAGGUAUAGGGACCAAGAUGCACUUAAGAUCAAAUUAAACCGUAGUCAUUCACCCUGUAAAUAGCGCAGCAAUGAAGAGUUGAGCAAUCUUAUGGCUUCGCUGAGUUAGUUCAUCCUGGCCGUGAUAAAGUUGUCUUCAGCUCUUCCUGAGUUACAGAGAAUGAAAUCUGGUAUAGUUCCCACUUCCAUUACAUGUGUGGAGGUUGAGAUUUAACUGAUGUUCUGCUAGUUGAAUGGCCUGCUGCUAUCAGACUGAUUUUGUGAAUAGUUAUUUGGGUUAGUUACUAGAGUGCGCCAAACCCAAUGGAAUCGUAACCAAUCUUGAGUGUCAGUCCUAACUCCAUGAGACACUUGCACUGCUGAGUUAGGGUCUAGCUCAAAGCCUCACUCCAGAACUGUACAUACAUACUUGACCGUUUAGAUUGAGGAAUUGCUGCACUGUCAGAGAUGCUGUCUUUUGGAUGAGAUUAAACCAAGGCCCUGCUGUGUUGGGUGACCACUUUUUGAAAAGAAGAGCAAUGAAGCUCUGGUGUUUUGACUAACAUUCACCCAAACCAAUAGAAGAAACUGAUUAUUUGGUUGUUUAUCUUAUUAGAGGACCUGGCAGUUUGCAAAUUGGCAGUGAAUUGAGUUAGCACAUACUGAGCUGUAAGUCCCAAUGUAAAUGUAUAGGAAAAGAAAAUAGUUCUUUCAAAGUCAAAUUUAGGGCAAGGGGAUUGAAUCUUAACUUCCUCAUUAUGUAUAAAUAUCUGUGAUUAAUUGAAUCAAUAAGGGGUUCUGGAAGUUCAUUUGGAAUUAAAUAGUCACAGUUACUCCAUUAAAUGGUAUUGGUCGUGCCAGACAUUGGGUGUAAGAGUUGGAGUGGAGAAAGGGUGUAUUCUCAACCGCUAAUUUGGUUUGACUAGAAGGUAAAAUAAAACCGCAGUAGCCAGCUCAUUAGUUUGACGAAUGGUUUUUUUUUACUGAUGUUUUAAGUAUUUGCUUUCUAAAGUCAAGUAGCAUAUGAUGAUAUAUAAAGCAAGUUAACGGUGGUUGUGUCUGAUAACCAUUGGUGUACGUGUCUAAUAUCUAAUGUAUUGGUGACACUUCUCAGUGCCAUGCUAUGUUUUGCAUGCAAAGUAGCCUUUCAAAAUAAAAGGAAAAGCCAGUCACUUCA